AAUUUAUAUUAUGGACUAUAAAUUUUUGAUUGACCUGCCUAUGUCAAGGAACAAUGUAAUAUUCACUAUUCAUAAUAUGCAAGAGAUAUUGUGGUUAUUUUGAGUUUAAAGAUUUAAAACAGUCAUAAAAAAGAAAAGAUAUAUAUGUAACAUAGCUACAUUAAAACUUCAGUAACGCACAAAAAUGUAUUAUAGGAAAAGAUUUAUAUAGUGGAAGCGAAGAUGAAAAUUUGUAUCGUUUUAUUUUGUGCACUUUGGUGUGUGGGUGCCACACGAGUUCCCUUUCUUUGGUGGGAGGUUAAGCCGUAUGUUUUUCUGGAGAAUGGAAUCGAGAAAGGAAUACUAGUUGAUCUGAUGAGAAAAUACAACUAUUAUUGUACACAUAAUGAAUUCUCGUACGACUUUAGGAUUAAAGAGAAUAACUUUACGUCAAAUUAUUCAGGCUUGUUGAAACUCGCCAUGUUGAACUUUUCUCAACUUCACCCCCCUUUAAGAAAUUUAAGUUUAACAAUGAAAUCACAAGUAACAAUAUUUCCAAUUCUUGCACGGCAUGUAAAUGUCACAGAACAAGGGUUUGUCACUAAAGCCUGGAUCCAUUCCCCCGGUGCUUCUGUGAUAGUGCGACGUGGAAUGAUAUCAUUGUAUCGAAAAACAUAUCUUGGGGUCGAAAAAUCGUUACCACUGUUAGUACAAUGUGGACUUAUUGUAUUCAUACUUGGUAUUAUAAUGUGGUUUUGGGAAAAGCAUUUCAAUCCAUCUUUCGCACGUUCGUUUCCAAUUGGAAUGUCUGAUGGAAUAUGGUGGGCUAUCAUCACUCUUUCAACCGUAGGCUACGGUGAUUUGGUUCCUAUGACAACACUGGCACGCCUGUGCACUUUCUUUUGGAUAUUCUUUGGACUAUCAAUAAGCGCCAUAAUUACAGCUACCGUGACAGAUACAUUGACAAGCGCUGAAUUUUCCAAUAUUAACGGGAGAAUGGUGGCAGUUCUCGCUCACUCCUCCGAAGAAAGCAUAGCCUUGCAGUAUAACGCGAAACCAAAAUGCUAUAACACUUAUGCUGAUGUGUUGUCGGCAGUGCGGAGAGAGGAUGUCGAUGCAGCAUUAAUUAAUUCCGAUAUUGUUAGCUGGAUGCAAGAUGAAAUCCGAUUUGGAAUAUCGGGAAAAGAGAAGCCGUUGCAUGUAGUGUACCAAAUCAAGCAAGAAAUUCCAAUAUGGGCAAUUCAGAUUAAUCCAUCCUUGUUCAGUACUUACCAGUAUGAAAAGAUAUGCUAUAACAAUCAUUCCAAAGAAAUAGUGGAUGACACGUUAAAAUCAUAUUAUAAACAUACGAAGGUUGAUACAAUGCAUCCACCUCUGUUGGGCGAAAUAUUUACAUUCGAUAGUUUUGGACUUUAUCUUGUGUUGCUUACCAUCACGCUCAUUGGGGUAGCUGCUUUGGAUGAUCUCAUUUGUUUUACAUAUCGUCAAUCUCAUCGUUUGAAAACACAAAUUAAGCAACCGCCUAACGAAGAAGAAACAGAACGUUUUAAGCUACAUAUAAACAGUGAACUGGCGCGGUUAAACGAAAAUUUCGAAGAGUUGAAAUUAUUCGCAGAAGGCCUGUGUAAAUAUAUGGACAAACCUGAGAAUUCAGAGCAAGUUUUGCCACGUUAACAAGUUAACUUCACAGCUAAGAAAAGCUCUUAUUUACAAAAUGCUGUCUAACCACCACAAUCUCGUUUUCACACCAUACAGAAAAAGACCCCGGAAACGAGAUGGGCAAUGUUAUGAAUGUUAUCUUGGUUUCAAGUCCUAGUAAACUUCUGGAUGUGCUUAUCUGUCUGUUUCAGUGUAACCAAGACCCAAUAAGUUGUCUUAUAUUUCUCGUUUUUUUCUAUAUGAGCUAACCAAAUAAAUUGUAAAUUUAACAGUAUACCAUGUAACUAAAGCACAGAAAUAAGUAGCCUCGUAUUUUUAUCAGAUAAAAAUGACAUGCGUCUGUAUAAACAAA